AAGCGGUGCCCUGAGGUGGACCGCAGGCCGAGAGGCGAGAGAGGCAAGGACGCCCACUUGUCAGCGGUCCCGUCAUGCUGGCAACAGAAUCGAGAAAGACAAGCAGCAGAUAAGGUCUAUAAAAAUGGCGAUCGGCCGCCGGGGAACCGGUUGCGCCAGGUCUAUAAAUGUGCUGUUCGGCGAUGGUGCGUGAUGUUGGUCGAAGCCACGGGUGUCGGUAGCAGACUCCAGUUGCCGCGAUCCUUUGGCUGCGCUGCGAGACGAGGCGAGGGCUCGAUGAAAAGGGCCGCUCCGUGCAACAGGAUCUCGAAAAGUGCCGCCCGAGGCGCGGAGUCGAGUUCCUUGCGGCGAUCAACUUCUCACGUCAACGCGCGAUUCCUCUGAGGGUCGAGGGCGCACUGCUGCUGCUGCCGCUGGGCCCCGGCUGGAGCACACGAGCGCGACAGCGUCGAGGGAACUGGUCGCGCGUCCGCUGGCGGGGCGGAGUGCAGGAGGAGGGCAGGGGACGACGGGCGUUCUUGCUCGCUCGAUCAGUCGGUCGCUGACUGCUUAAAUAGGAGGGCGUGAGAAGAGUCCGACGAGAGAAGGAGAGCUGGGCUGCUGCUGCUGCUGGAAUCAGCCAUGGAGAUGCAUGGGCGGGACAAAGCCUACUUCAACGAUGCCGGCGAUGGAGCCUUGGCGAAUUUCAGCCAGGAGCUUCAGCAGAUCAGAAGAUCUCAGAAGCGAAAUUGCCGCAUUCUUGGAGUUAUCCUCCUGCUGCUGUUUCUUGUGCUUCUCGCCCUGAUCAUUGUGGCAGGAACGCAGGCUCGCACAAUCCGGCGACUCAAAGACCGUCAAGGUCUUCUCCCCCAUCCCAAUGUCACGUUUGCGAGCUACUCCGGAGACCGUAGUAUCAAUGGCCUCACCUACGGAGGCAGUCUCUUCCGUGGAAGCGGAUUUUGGAAUCCGCGAACUCCGCUUCCAGCGGCGUUGACCGAUCAUUCUGCAAUUGGAGUAGGAGAAGUGGUGUACAUUAUCGGAGGAGCCAAUGCGUCUGGUGCCGUCCUUGAUCAGUUCUUGUUAUUUGAUCCCACUUUUCACAAUUAUACGCUGUUGCCACCCAUCCCAGAGCCUCGCUAUCGAUUCGGGGCUGCUCUCCUUGACAACAAAAUAUAUGUGGUUGGUGGGAGAAAGGACGAUCUUGAAGUCGACGCUUCUCUCGCAGCAGCCUUUUACGUUUAUGACAUAGCAAAGAACGAAUGGUUCGUGGGCCCGGACAUUUUGGAACCUCACAGCGAUCCUUGCGCUGCCGCGAUCAACGGCAAGGUCUAUCUAGUAGGUGGCUACGACAAGAAUUAUGGAUACCUGAAUAAGAUGCAGGUUUUUGAUCCUACAACGAACAAAUGGUCGUAUGGCCCCGACAUGCCCACACCUCGAGGAGACCUUAUGUGUGCAGCCUUUGAAGAUGAAAUUUAUGUGCUAGGAGGUUAUUACGAUACCAUCAAUAAGACUCAGCCAUUCUCGUCAAAAAUGGAAUCAUUCAGUCCAAUCACUCAGAAAUGGACUACUCAGCCUGAUCUUCUCACACCUCGUGGAGAUGGGGCUGUUGCAGUGCUUCCGGGUCGUAAGCUCUUGCUGAUUGGUGGAGAAGGUCAUUACAAAGAUAACGAUAAGCUGAAGUACCCCAAACAUACGAAUGAGGUAUUCUUCGGUGCUGAUGAUACAUGGGUUGAGAAGGCCAUGAUCCCAACAGCACGAUUCCGCACAGCAGCAGCUACGGCAGGAGGUUUGACAUUCGUGUUCGGAGGGUCUGAUGCGUGCAUCGACAGAGUGCUGUGUCCAGCUCUGGACACCACCGCAGUUUUCCUAGACGUGGAUCAUCCACAUGUUUACAUUUACCUCAAAGAUGACGCUUAUAAUGACAAUGCCGCUUUGACUACUUACCCUGUCUAAGAGAAAACAGAAGGCUGCGGAGCACUUAGCCUUAACAAUUUUCCUCUUUCUCUGAAAGCUCAUCCUUUCGUGGUUAGAUCGUGCCCAGUUCCAUCACUCGUUGCAGUUAGGAGGAAAUUAUCACGCUUUUGUGAUGGUGUCCAAAUUGUAUUCUAGGCUUCAAACUUGUUUCUAGGUAGAAGUAUCUUGUGCAUAGCCUCUUUUUGCUUUCUUUGGGGAUGUGCAGACGAGUCAAGCAGCCACUUGAGUGAAGCUCCAGCUCUUGUGCAUUUUAGGAAUCUUUACAAGCGGAGCAGCAAAAAUAUCUGUACAUCCGCAAACCGCAGUUGUGCGAGUUUCGCAUCAGAGUCUGCACCACUUUGUGGUCAAAAUACUUAAAAUUUGGAUGAAAAUCC